ACACUGUGUGUGAGUUACUAAGCAGUCAUUCUCAUUUUGUGUCCGACAAAGCGGCUGAAAAUCGCAUUUUCUGCUGAAAAUAGACUUGCAAUCAGUGAUCGCGGCCUAAAUAAUUGAUAUAUAGACAACGUAUCAACAAUAAAAUGUCGGCAGCAGGUUCUAUUCCGCCACCCGUUUCGUGGGCUCAGCGCAACGAUUUGGUGUACGUAAUCAUCGAUGUGGAAUGCAAGGACAUUGAGCAGAAAGUGACAGAAAACAGCUUCACUUUCAAGGGUGUGAAUGUGCUGGAUGCCUCGAAGAAAUACGAAGUCACAUUGAAUUUCUUGCACUCGGUUGAUCCGGAGAAAGUGACUAGCAAGAAUAUUGGACGUUGCCUUGAAUUCACAAUACCUAAGAAAGAGAGUGGACCCUAUUGGCCUACAUUGACCACGGAUAAAACCAAAUUGCAUUUCCUUAAAGCCAACUUCACCAAGUGGCGCGACGAGUCUGACGAUGAAGAAGAUCCCAAGGACAAUGGCAUGUUCGGCAACUUGCUCAACAGCCCUAGCGGAGAUUGGAACAACAAGUUCGAUGACUUCAAUGUAGACGAAGAUGACGACUCUGAUGAUAACAUCCCCAGCCUGUCGCAAAAUGAUGAGGAUGAAGACGAGGGCGGAGAGGGUGACAAAGAAAAGAAGGCAGCUGCUUAAGCAGCUUGUUUUUUUUUGGGCAUUUUUGGAGUACUAGAGUCGUAGCGUUAGCCAAGACCCUUAUACAGUUAAGUCACACCACACACACAAACAUAACACCCCCCCCAUAUGCACACACAUACACACAGACUCAUGCGUUCAUAAACACAAUUCCAAAAAAAAGAUUAACUUGAGCUGAAAAUGCGCAAUGUUAGCGAAAACAACAAAAAAAUGAACAAGAGAUGCAUCAAUUUUUCGCUGGAUUCUCGCCGCAACAACAACAGGAAGAAAGCUACAACCAAUUCAUUGCGAAGUUUCAUUUGCAAUUUAUUAAUUUUUUGUUUCCUGUAAAUAAAGGAAAUUAAAAUAAAAACAAAAACUCAAAAUGUA